GGUGGUUUCGGCGCUGUGAGAGCCACGUCGCAGCGGCGGCCUGCUUUCCCCGCGACCAUUCAGCAUUUCCAGCCCGCCCGCCCCUUACUAGACGCUGUCCUUCACCAGCUGUACAAUGAAUCCCAGUAUGAAGCAGAAACAAGAAGAACUCCAAGAGAAUAUAAAGAAUAGUCCUGUCCCACGAAGAACUCUGAAGAUGAUUCAGCCUUCAGCAGAUGGGGCUCUUGUUGGAAGAGAAUGUGAGUUGGCCAAAGGCUUAUCCAAAAAGAAACAUGGAAAUGGCCAGUUAUCAACGAAAACUUCCAGGUCUGGAACUGAUGUUGUCCCUGAACACAGUGAGAAUAGAAACCUUGGAGGAGUCACCCAGGAAGCAUUUGAUCUUAUGAUUAAAGAAACUCCAUCUUCUCAAUAUUGGAAGGAAUUAGCAGAAAAACGAAGGCAGGCUCUCUAUGAUACACUGAAGGAAAAUGAGAAACUCCAUAAAGAAAUUGAAGACAAGGACAGUGAAAUUGCACGUUUGAAAAAAGAGAAUAAAGAAUUAGCAGAAGUAGCAGAACACGUACAGUAUAUGGCAGAGAUGAUAGAGAGACUGAGUGGUGACCCGCUGGAGAACUUUGAAUCAUCGGAUGGUCGGGCAUUUGAGUCUGAAGAGGAAACUGGUGAGGAUUCCGAAGUGGAAGACUCAGAAAUUGGCCGAAGAAAUUCCUGUUAGACUGACCCGUUUGCAUCCUGGGGCCCUUUGUAUUAAAAUACAAAUACUGUGUAUUUUUACUCCCUGUCUUAUGUAAAUAGCGUUUUCUCAAUUGUUUGGCAUGACUUGUGUACAUGAUAAAUAAACAUCAGCCUGCUAUUAAGGA